CCAACAAACUUGUCCAUCCAGAGGCCCCUCUGUUUCCAUUAUCUUCUCCUGGCUUUCCACAACUCAUCAUGGCAGCAUCCCCUGUGCUUCCAUUCCUCGUUCUUCUCUUGGCCAGCUCUUCCCUCUCUGAUAAUAUCGAUUUUACAUACAACGGUUUCAAAUCAGCAGCCACCAAUCUGCGCUUAAAUGGCUGUGCUCACAUCACAUCCAAUGGCGUGCUUCAGCUCACCAAUGACAGUUACAAAGUGACAGGCCAUGCCUUUCUCUCCUCACCGAUUCAAAUGCUGCUCAAUACUCCCUCCGUGACGCCCGCUGCGAUCUCCUUCAGCACCAUCUUCGUCUUCGACAUCAUCACUGUUGGGAACGGAGGCGGCCAUGGCUUCGCCUUCGCAAUGGCCCCUACAAAGACUCUUAACGGCAGUUGUUGCCAGUACCUUGGCCUCCUCAAUACGAGUAGCAAUGGAAAUUCUUCCAACCAUGUCUUUGCGAUUGAGUUUGACACCGUUCAGGGGUCAGAUAUGUUCAAAGACAUCGAUGAUAACCACGUCGGUGUCGAUAUAAACAGCCUUGUUUCCAAUAUUUCGAAGCCUGCCUCCUACUACACUGAUAAUUUCAAGAUGGUGGAUUUUGAGCUGGAGAGUGGGCAACCAAUUCAGGCCUGGAUAGACUACGAUGGCAUUGCAAAAAUUCUGAAUGUGACCAUUUCUCCCUUCUAUGUAGACAAACCAAGCCGACCUCUCAUAUCACACGCCAUCGACCUGUCACCAAUUUUUAAGGAAUACAUGUACGUUGGUUUCUCUUCAUCGACGGGAAAACUCUCGAGUUCUCAUUACAUCAUGGGAUGGAGCUUUCGGACCAACGGCAUGGCGCGCUCCCUUGAUCUAUCUCACCUUCCCCUUCCUCCACAACCAGCGAAAUCUUCGUCAAUUUCCAAAGCCACUGGAAUCAAUAUUGGGGUCAUAUCUUCUCUUGUUACGCUUCUCUUGGUAGCUUUUGCAUUCUCUGUUUCCUGGUACUUAUGGCGGAGGGCAAAGCUGGCAGAGACUCUUGAGGACUGGGAAAUAGAUUAUCCUCAUAGGUUCCCAUAUAGGGACCUUUACAGAGCAACCAAAGGAUUCAAAGAGACAGAGCUUCUCGGCUCGGGUACCUUUGGCCUUGUGUAUAAAGGCAUCCUACCACGCACUGGAGAAGAAGUUGCAGUCAAGAAGAUCUCCAAUAAUUCCAGGCAAGCGGUGAGAGAAUUCGUAGCAGAGGUGGUGUGCUUGGCCCGCAUAAGACAUAGGAACUUGGUGCCGCUACAAGGAUGGUGCAAGAGAAAAGAAGACAUUCUUCUGGUUUCUGAGUUCAUGCCAAAUGGUAGCCUCGACACUUUCCUCUUCGAAAGUGAGAGGUGUGGGCUGUUGAGUUGGGAUCAACGGUUUAAGAUCCUCAAGGGAGUUGCUAUGGGACUCGCCUACCUACAUGAAGAAUGGGAGCAAGUGGUUGUCCACAGAGACAUCAAGUCCAGCAACGUUCUAUUGGAUGCUGAAAUGAAUGGAAGGUUGAGCGACUUCGGUCUUGCUGGAGUAUACGAGCGUGCCAAGAAUCCUAGCACGACAAUUAUAGUUGGAACCUUGGCAUACAUUGCACCAGAAUUGUCGCGCACCGGCAAAUCCAUGCCCAGUUCGGAUGUCUUUGCUUAUGGUAUAUUGCUUUUAGAGGUGGCGUGUGGUCGGAGGGCAAUCGAGUCCACUUCUCCAACGGGAAAGCUGCUUCUGAUGGACUGGGUGAGGGAAUGCAAAACGAGAGGCCGGCUAUUGGAGGUUGUGGAUCCCAAGCUUGGUCAGUCCUAUCUGAGGGAGGAAGUAGAGCUGGUACUAAAGCUAGGACUGGUUUGUUCUCAGUCCAUUCCGGAGGUCAGGCCUACCAUGAGACAGGUGAUCCGAUAUCUCAAUGGGGAUGACAGUCUCGCAGAUGAUGUGGCCCUUGUGUUCUAGGAGGCUGAUUCCUUGGAUUCGGCGUCACAAAGCUCAUACCCUUCAUCCUUUGAUGUGGUGUCUUCCAGCUCCCUCCGUGGGGGUAUGUAGUAGGUGUGAGAGGGUUCCGUGACCGGUAUGUGCAAAGGCUUUCAUGGGUACUUUCGAAUUCCAAUUAGUUCGUGGCGACAGGUAAGGAUGAGAGCCGGUAUUCCAAAUGUUUCUCCUUUCUGUGCCGCCUCUGUCUAGCUUUUCGUGGAUCAAUUUUCCUUUUUUUUCUCCCCUCGAUGAUGGUAGAAGUUUUUUUUCUUUUUUUUUUUUUUUCAUUUUUAAUGUCAUCGUAACCAUAAACAUUGUAUCUCAUCUCAGCUCGUGACUCAGCUACUUAUGUGAAUACGUGGAUUGGACCGAGCUUCAUCUAAUAAUUUAAAUAGUUCAUAAAUCAUAAUUAUGAUUAGAAUAAAUUAACUCUUGGUGUAUAAUUAAUGUUAUAACAUUAAUCUUCUUUGUUAAGUAGUAAUAGCCAUUUUCUUUCAUUUUAAAUGUCACUAUGAGAACAAAUAUCGCAUCUUAUCUCAGCUAGUCACCCGACUACUUGUAUGAAUAAGUGGAUUAGACCGAGCUUCUUUGAAUAAUUUGAAUACUUCAUAACAUUAUAAUUUCGAUUAGAAUAAAACUCUUGCUGUUUAAGAUAAUGGUAUUAUUUUUUUUCAAGUAUUGAUAGCUGUUUUUUCAUUUUUAAUAUCAUCAUAAGAAUAAACAAUAUAUUUUUUCUCAACCAGUGAUCCAACUAUUCAUGAGAACAAUUGGAUUGGACUGACUUUCUUCUAAUAAUUUGAAUACUUCAUAAAAAUCAUUAUUAUGAUUGGAAUGAACUCUUGGUUUUUAAGUAAUGUGGUAAUGCUUUCAAAAUUUUUAUUGACUUCCAAAAUUAGAUUUUCUUAUGUAAUGAUUCAAAAUCUUACCUAAAAAGAGUAGCCGGAAGGUGUUAUCAGGGUCCUUGACCUUAUAUAAGUAUUCAAAAUCUCUUCAGUACAUAAUCGAUAUUGGACUAGCAUAAGCCAACUAAACAUCCAAAUCUUGUAUCAUUUAUAACAAUCUAAAAUCCUAUUCAAAAAAGCUAGCAGGAAAGUAUUAUGUUGAUUUCGUAGCCUACAUAGGUACCUCAAAUCUUCCUAGCACAUAAUUAAUGUGCAACUAAAUAAGCCCACAUGGUUUCUCAUAACUUAAUGCUCCUAUUUUAGCAUAAUAUGCGUCAUAGGUCAUUUUUAAGAUUUUGAUGAUAUUUAGCAAAUGGAGGGUUGGCAUUUCAGUCA